AUGACAAAACUGGUCGUUGAGAUAACGAUGGAACAGAGGAACAUUACAAACCAAACAAAAUCAGAGCAGGUUUCUUUUCAAUUUAUGCUUGGUUUAGUGAUAUUCAAAUGUAUCAGCAUUGUGCUUGGAGUUUUGGGUAACACUGCAGUUAUAAUUUACAAUGUUUUUAUGAACAAAGAGAAGUCACCAACCACUUGGCUUAUUGUAAAUCUAAGUGUAACAGAUUUGUUGGUCUGCCUAACAAUUUACCCCAUUUGGAUUGUCGAGUUGCUUCAAAUCGUUACUGGUGUUGAGAGCAACGAAGAGUUUUUUUGCAAGUUCAUUUAUUCAAGCGGAAGUGUGUCGGUUUUCCUGUCAAUCCUUACUCUUUUAGCACUUAGUUUUGAUAGAUACCUGUUUAUAACAUGGCCUCUGAAAUAUCCAAUACUCGUGGUUGGGAAAAGGGUCUAUGCCCUGGUAUUCAUCAUAUGGAUAUGGUCAUUCUCAUUUCUUCCCUUACCAUUAAUGUACAUCGGUCCAGGCGAGGUUCCAGGCGUUUGCCGUGCAUCAAAUGAGUUCAUCUUAUUCUCAUUCAUCGUGUACGUAUAUACCCCACUAACUUUGAUCAUUUUCUUCAACAUUAAAAUACUUAAAAUUGCUCGACGGCAAAGACGGAGGAUAGCUGCUUGCUCCAUUACCCGACAAACACCAGCGCAUACUUCCACAAAUACGGCUCAAGAAUCGGUAGGAGGACGUUUUGUGAACGAGCAACAUGACCAAAACACAUCAUGGCAAAGAAUUACGAAAGAGUUGAAACCACUUAAAACAUUUGUGAUAAUAAUAGGAGUUCUCUUAGGCUGUUUUAUUCCAUAUUCUAUAGCAGUUUGUUUGGAAAAGUUGGGUUGCAAUUGUAUUCCGUUAAAGGUGCAUAUCAUUUUCUCUGAAUUCAUCGCUGUAAAUUCCAUCAUUAAUCCUUUCAUUUAUGGAAUAAGACAUAAAAAAUACAGAAAUGCUUAUGGCCGUAUUCUUCGGAUGAUUUGUAAGAUCUUGAACUGUUAA